AUGCUCUUUGCUUUUAUAAUCUAUCUAUCUAUCUAUCUAUCUAUCUAUCUAUCUAUCGAUCGAUCGAUUGAGCUGUCGCAAGACCGACGAAUGCACAAUAUUAUCUAUCUAUCUAUCUAUCUAUCUAUCUAUCUAUCUAUCUAUAUAGAGAGAUGGCUAAUAUUGUGGCUUUUCUAUUUUUAUGCAUGUUCUUUUUGCUUUAAAUUCUUUUUUUUUUUUUUUCAAUUUUUUUGUUACCUUUUAUUCAUUUUUGUCUCUUCACCUGUAACUUUUUCUUUUUUAUUGCUUCCCUUUUUAAUCUUAACAUUUUUUACACUUCACCUUUUUCUUUGUUUAUCCUUUCUUCUUAUAAUUUUGCCUUUCCUUUGCCUUCUGUCCUUAAACAUUCCAUUUUUAUCAUUCGUUUUUUUGUUUUCACACUUUUUAAUCCUUCUUUUAUCUCUCUAUUUCCCCUUUUUAGAACCUGAACCUGCCAUUCCUUCAACUUUAUCUUUUUUCUUCGGCUUUCUUUUCAUUUACUCUCUUCUUCAUUAUCUUCCACUCGAUUUCUCUCUCCCUCUCUCUGCCCCCUCCCUCUCUCUGCCCCUCCCUCGCUCCCCCCCCUCUGCCCCCCUCCUCUCUGCCCCCCCUCUCUCUGCCCCCCCCCCUCUCUCUGCCCCCCCCUCUCUCUCUAUUUUGUUUCUCGCUCUUUUCUCUUUAUUCUUUUUCCAUCUGUUCUUUUUUCCAGGAAACUUUGCAACAGAUUCCGACCCGGCUCACGGCCAUAACAGAAAAAAUUUCGCCAAGUCAUCUUGA